AUGGAGCCUCCUAGAUCUUCAGGACCAUCUCUCUCGGAAACUUCCACCGUUAACUCGAUCUCGAACGGCCUCGGCGCCAAGCAACAUGAAGAUGACAACUAUGAUCUUGUAUUGGAUCUGAGUCUUUCCGGCAAAGACGACUCGAACACAGUUCAAGACUCGAAACAAACCGCACUCAAUCUCAUCGACUGUUUCAAGAUCGUCGAUCCGUGUGACGAUCGGGAUUCGCCGGAGACUCUGAAUCAACAAGGUAACGCAACUGAUCAGCCUAGAGUGUUUUCGUGUAACUAUUGCCAAAGGAAGUUUUUUAGCUCACAGGCCUUGGGUGGGCACCAAAAUGCUCAUAAACGAGAAAGGACACUAGCCAAACGAGGGCAUCAAAGAAUCAGUGCCGGUGCGGCGGCAUCCUUCGUGGCGUUUGGUAGAUAUUUGACCAUGGACUCUGAAUCAACAAGAUAUUUGACCAUGGCCUCGCUUCCUUUGCAUGACUCAUUCAAUAAGUCACUUGGGAUUCAACUCCACUCUAUGAUACACAAGCCAACUUUUCUACCAUCACCACAUGUUUAUGGGCACCGCAAAUGGUCUCGACAGCCAAUUCAUCAAACACUGCCGAUCGGACAUCUUUCGAUGGAGACUUUUGCCGCUGCCGGAUCAUCGGUGAGUAACAGUACGGCUUCUAGGUUAGAAAGUAGUGUUCGGAAGUUCGGUCCGUCGACAGAGGGGAGGAGUAGGUAUUGGUGGGAUAGUAGUGUUAACCCUUUCAACACUAAUCAAGAUGAGUUGAAACUCGACUUGUCUUUGAAGCUCUAAGUAGCCUUAGUUUUAAUCAUCUAAUGACAUAAUCUUCUAG